AUUAAUUAUUUCGUGUGCCCUAAUUCUCUUUUAACCAAGUCUCUCUUUUCCGAUUGCUUUGGUUACCUUCUCCUCGUCCUCCUCUGCUCUCAGCUGUGGGAGGGUGAUCUCGACGCGAUGGCUGAGCACUUGGCUUCUAUCUUUGGAACGGAGAAGGACCGGGUGAACUGCCCUUUCUACUUCAAGAUCGGAGCUUGUCGACACGGAGAUCGGUGCUCGCGCCUGCACACCAAGCCCAGUAUCAGCCCCACCCUCCUCCUGUCCAACAUGUAUCAGCGUCUCGACAACGCCAUCACCCCUGGACUUGACUCUCAAGGUCAGCCCAUGGACCCACACAAGAUCCAGGAGCACUUCGAGAAUUUUUAUGAAGAUCUCUUUGAGGAGCUAAGCAAGUAUGGGGAGAUUGAAAGCCUUAACGUUUGUGACAAUCUGGCCGAUCACAUGGUUGGUAAUGUCUAUGUUCAGUUUAGAGAGGAAGAGCAUGCUGCAAAUGCACUUCGCAACCUGACUGGAAGGUUUUAUGCAGGGCGCCCAAUUAUUGUAGAUUUCUCUCCUGUUACUGAUUUCCGAGAGGCUACAUGUAGGCAAUAUGAAGAAAACACCUGCAAUCGAGGUGGAUAUUGCAAUUUUAUGCAUUUGAAACAAAUUAGCAGGGAAUUGAGGCGGAAAUUGUUUGGGGGAAGCAGGAGGCACCGCAGAAGUCAUAGUAGAAGCAGAAGCCCUCAUGGCCACCGUGGUUAUGAAGAUCGUCCUGUAAACCGUGGUCAUGGUAGGCGUCAUCCUGAUAGGGAUCAAUACUCUGAAGAACGUAUCAGAAAACCCAGGAGUCGUAGCCCAGGUCGUAGAAGGAACCGCAGUAGAAGCCCUGGAGGAAGAAGGAACAGAAGUCCUAUUAGAGAAGGAAGUGCCGAGCGAAGGGCUAAAAUUGAGCAAUGGAACAGGGAAAGGGAACAGACCGAAGCUACUAGAAGGAACAGCGAAUACACUCAAAACGGCCAGCAGAAUAAUGACUAUCCUCAUCAGGAUCAAGAAAGUUGAUUGAUGGCUCAAUGGUGGUGUGCAGGUUCAAAGUCCUGUUCAGUGGAAUAUUUAAAAAGAAAUUAAAAACCUCUCUAGAGAAAUUCAAAACAAUCACCUACUUACCUGCAUUUGUUUGGUUUUAUUUGGUUUAAAACUGCACCAUUUAGGUAAAUUGGCUUUUGCGGGGAUGCCUAACAUCCUAUUCAUCUAUCGACCAUUCGUUAAUUAUUUAGCCAUUUCAUAUUUUUCUUGUUAGCCACUUUGCAGCAUAUAUGCCAAAUUUUCAUUUGAAUUCUUUAAUUAAUCAUCAUGCUUCAGGCCUACAUUCUGUUAAAAGUAUUUUUAAACUAAGGAUGCACUUUGAUUAUUUUAUAACUGCCACAAGGUACAUGAAUAAUCAAAGAGCUUGCUCUCCGUUUUUGUCAGGUAGGUUUUUUUUUCCCGCUAGCCUUGUUCAAUGAUUGGACCUACAAUGCCUGUUUCUUUGUUUGUUUUACAUUUUUUUUUGGUUUUGUUUUGUUUUUUAGCUUCAAUGAGCUUAUGUUCUUUGCAAGUUUUGCAGGUCCAGGUGUUCCUGCCACAGCUUCAACUCAUCCCUUUUUGCUUAAUGAACUUAAUUUUCAGGACGGGCGUGACUUGCGAAUUGACCAGAAUCUGCCUCGGCAAGGCGACUCGGUAGUGUGCUCUUUCGGAACUCUAGUACUUUGUAAUGCUUUUACUUGUUGCAGGAUGUGAUGUAAAGACAUAAUCUACUUCUGUUUGGUGUUUGCAAGAUAUGCAUAAUGUUAAGUACAAUUGUGAUUUAUCUGCACCAAUUGCUGCAUCUACUGCUUUUAGCUUUC